GGCUCGGAGCUGAAGGCGUUGGAGGCUCAGGAUGGAUCCGACCUGCUGGAGACUCACUCUGACCCUUGUUGUGGUCAUGAGCUGCAUCUACAACACAGAAGCUUCAUUGUCCCGGCACAUGGACGACUUCAUCGCAGUGGUGAAGCAGCUGGAGGACCGGGUCCCCGGGGCCGAGCCGCUCGCGGUGCUGCAGCGGCUGCGCUGGGCCGCUGGUCUGAGGGAUCCAUUCAUCCAUCACUUCCUUGGAGAUGUGGAUUCCAGCGGUUUCGAGGUGGACGCCGGCCUCUUGGAUUACAUCAGGAAGUCUGUGCCGUACGGAGUGAGCGAUGAUGGCAGAGAGGAGGGCGUGGUCCUGACCUCUGACGGCACCACCGUGGCCCUCAGGCCUCUCCUCCUGGGCCUCGAGGCCGGCUUCCUGUCCAAGAGGAGUGAGAAGGUCCGGGGUCUGUACCAGCUCACUCUGGCCAGAGCCCUGGGCCGGUCCCUCAGCCACGGCUCUGCUCUCAGCCGGCGUCUGGGGACGGACGGCUGCUGGGACAGUUUGACCUCUCCGCACGUCUUCACCCUGUCCGACCCCCCCACUCUGCUCACCACCGCUCACGUCAACGGGGGCAUGGAUGGAGUGAUCCUGGGGAUGGAGGCCAGAACCACCAGGCUCAGCAGUCUGCUCACAGAGUACUACUGUCACCAGCUGGACCGGGAGGGACUGGACGCCGCGCCACGCCUCGUCAGCCGCCGCCGCCGGGGGAACUUCAGGGAGCUGCUGCCCCCCCCAUCGCUGGCCAGACAUGUGAUGAAGUCAGUGCAGCUGCAGCGGAGUCUGGAGAGGAAGUCAGUGAUGGAGGUGAAGGAGAAGAAGCAGCUGACGGCCGCGGUGAAGGAGGGAAUGAAGGAGUUCGUCCACAUGUACAUGGAUUGCCCUCCCAUCAUCCCCAGGUGCAUGUGGGGUGCAGAGCCGUACCGAGGAACCCCCACCAACCUGACGCUGCCGCUCUCCUUCCUGUACAUCCACCACACGCACUCCCCCGGCCUGCCCUGCCUCACCUUCCAGCAGUGCUCUGCAGACAUGCGCUCCAUGCAGCGCUUCCACCAGGUGGACCGGGGCUGGGACGACAUCGGAUACAGCUUCGUGGCCGGCUCAGACGGGAACAUCUACCAGGGCCGGGGCUGGCACUGGAGAGGAGCUCACACCCUGGGACACAACUCCAUCGGCUACGGGGUUUCUUUCAUCGGAGACUACGCCAGCAGUCUGCCUUCCCAGCAUUCAAUGGGGCUGGUGAGAGAUCAGCUGGCGUCCUGUGCGGUCGGCGGUGGGCGACUGGAGGCCGGCUUCACGCUGCAGGGCCACAGACAGGUGGUGGACACGUCCUGUCCUGGAGACGCUCUCUAUAAGGAGAUCACAAGCUGGGAGCACUUCGGGGAGGUGAAGAAGAAUUGAUGAUCAACUUCACAAGAAGAAGAACUUUGGACAAACCAAACUUCACACAAUAAAUAUGUUUGUGUU